AUGGAGUCAUUCAUAAAAUCCAGGGAUACCCGACCUCAACUCCUUCAGAGCCUCUUAGCCGCUCUUCCUCCACUCGACAAGUCCCUCGAAGAAUUCCGCGACGUCGCAACUCUCUCAGAUGGCUACAAAAUUGAUCUCCAAAUUGUCCGCCCGCGCGGCGUAGACGAGUCGAACGCAGACCGGCCUCUCAUCCUCCUAUGGCCAGGUGGUGGUUUCAUCGUUGCCGGCGUCGAGCCGACGACCCGGCCCGCGCGGGAAUUUGCGCUUGAGUUCGGCGCUGUGGUGGUCAACGCGACUUACCGUCUCGCGCCUGAACAUAAGUUUCCCAGGUCAGUCAAGGACGGUUGGGAGACUGCUGUAUGGUUAUCGAAGAAUGCUAGUCGAUUCGGCGGGGAUAUCAGCAAGGGCUUUAUUGUCGGCGGGUGGUCUGCUGGUGCGAACAUUGCCUCGGUUGUCAGCCAGAGGUCUGGUGUCGAGGGAUUGAGCAUUACUGGCACGCUUCUGGGAAUACCAUUCCUGCUUGUCAAGGAAAUUGUGCCGGAGAAGUACGCCGAGGAGUGGGUUUCACGCGAGACCAACGCCGAAUGGAGCCCGACUUUUACUACCGCUGUUAUUAACGAUGUGUCGAAGGCGUUGCAGGCGGAGAUCAAGUCGCCAUGGUACUCGCCUUUCAACGAUCCUGAGGCCAUCCCUAAAUCACCCAAGGCUUAUAUUCAGGUUGGCGAUCGAGACCCGUUGAGGGAUGAUGGGUUGAUAUAUGCCAAAGUUUUGAAGGAUAAUGGAGUUGAGUCAAGAGUUGAUAACUAUCCUGACUGGGGACAUCAAGGCUGGACUAUCUUUGCUCCCCAAGACCAGCCUGCGGAGCUAGGGCCGAAUACGAUGAAGGGAAUGAGGUGGCUUUUGGGGAAGGAGUAG